AUGGCAUCUAAUGAAGACAUCGACACUCUUCUUGAUCGACUCGACAAGGUGGCCAGCCAGAGCGAUGAGGCUCGCAGUGAGUUGCUCGACGGCUUGCAGAGUCUCCAACUGCGGCUCGAGACACCAGAAGACCUCAACCUACGUUUGGUGAACCUACAGAUUCAGCUCACUGGAGCCCAGGUUGCAGAAGACCUGAAGUUGUUCCAGAUACUUGCCGAGAGCACACAGCCCCUGACAGUGGGUGAACUGUCUGGCAAGACAGGCGUCGAGGCUUCUCUAUUGCGUCGAAUCCUACGAUAUCUCGCAUCGGUUGACCAGAUCCAAGAAACCGGCCAGGAUACCUUUGCCGCGAACAAGACCACCAAGACACUUGCCCGUCCCGAAUACGGCGGGCUCAUCUACCACUCCUUCCACACGGUCGGGAACCUGCUGCAAGUCUUCCCCGAAGUGCUCGCCUCGGCAGGGUACCGCGACGUGGAGCAAGUCCCCCACACAGCCGUCAAGAAGGCCUUCUCGACCGACCUGACGGGGUUCGAGUGGCUCCGGUCGAGACCCCAGAAGUUCAAAGCCUUCCAGCAGGCCAUGUCGAUCGCCCCGCAGGCCCGCAUGCCGUGGUUCACCGUGUUUCCCCUCGAGGCGGAGCUGGGCAGCUUCUUGAAGGAGAGUUCGGCCCCGGCGUUCGUCGACAUCGGCGGCGGCUUCGGCCACCAGUGCGCCGCCCUCGCGGCCGCCUUCCCCUCCCUGAAGGGUCGCCUCGUCCUCCAGGACAUGGCGCACACGCUGGCGAUCGCGCCGAGACUGGACGGGGUGGAGGCCAUGGCGCACGACUUCUUCGGCGCGCAGCCGGUGCGGGGCGCGAGGUUCUACUACCUCCGCAACGUGCUCCACGACUUCCCGCGCGGGAAGGCCGUGGCGAUCCUGUCGCGGGUGCGGGAGGCGAUGGGGUCCGGGUCUCAGGUCCUUGUGGACGAGAUCGUGCUGCCGACCCGUGGGGCGCACUGGCAUGCUACGUCUCUGGAUAUGGUCAUGAUGACUAGUGUUGGGGCGAUGGAGCGGACUCUUGAUGAGUGGGAGGAACUGCUUAAUGAGGCUGGGCUGCGGAUUGUGAAGAUUCAUAUUUACCUGCCUCGGCAUCAGAACUCGAUUUUUCAGGCCGUUGCGAAGUAA